AUGGCCGGUUUCAAAUGCUAUUUGCAACUGGGUGACAGGCUCUCUCAAAUAUGGCUAAAUAAGUACACAUUGGCAUUGUUGCUGGCAAUGUUGAAGCUUCUCUUUUUUUCCAAGUCUAUACAACAUGCUAUAGAAGUCUCACAAACGUAUGUUUUAUCAAACUGUCACAGUAUUGACUCUUUCUACUCAAAGGUGACAGACAAUACGCCGCACUAUCUGGGCGUCAUGGGAAACUAUCUUAUCGAAAAGGGCAUGGAAGAAACGGUUAAGGCCACGCUGGAAACGCUGUCACUCAUUGUAUAUGCCAGUGAGGGAUUGCUAAACUUUGCCAUUGACCUAUAUUUGGGCACGUACGCCUGUUUGUUGGUUAGCGCCGUUGACGGAACGGUGAAUGUAGCAACUAAUACUACGGAAAAAUUGAUCGGUUUGGUCAACGAUACAGUUUCUAGUGUAGCCAAUGAAUUGGAUUCGGGGUUGAAUGACAUUUCUAAAGUUAUCAAUAAAGUAAUCAGUGCUGCAUCCAAAGUAGAGAACUUUUUCACUGGUGACGACGACGAUGACGGCAAUAUGACAUCGUCGAUUAAAAGCGUCAACCUGACCAUAUCUGCCCUCCAUAACUUAUAUAUCCCUUCUUCAAUCAAUAACAAGCUAGAGGAGUUAUCAGCAAAAACGCCGGAUUUUGCUCAGGUUAAGAAUUCGACCAAAAAUUUGAUAUCAAUUCCCUUCAAUGAAGUGCGCAAGAACAUCAAAUCUGUGAAUGCCAGUAAGUUAAUAGGAGAUACAUCUGUUCUGUAUGUCCCACCCGUGUCAAUUUCCAAUGGCACUGGUAUAUGUUCAUCCAAUCAAUCUGAAAUUCUGGCCUUUUAUGCUAUCUUGAGACAAGUUUUGAAAAUUACUACCAUAGUGUGUGUCAUCAUAUUGACAUGCUUUGCAAUUAGUGCGAUAAUACCGGUUGCAUGGAAUGAAAUUAAGCUUUGGAGACGUCUUUGCAGUAUGAGAGACCAUUAUAUUUUGAGCAGACAGGAUUCGUAUACGUCCUUUUCCAGUGAAAACACUCAUGAAUUGAAGGAUCCGUUCGCAAAUCCUCCCUUACAUAAUGGAGAAUAUGAUGUCAUUGCAAGCUACCAGCGGUGCUUUCAAACAUGGAAUGCAAGAGUAACAGGUUGGAUGACAAAUAUUGUAACCUUAGGAAAAUCGCCGGAGGAUAUUGACCCUGAAACAAGAAAAAAGAUAGAAUGGGUAGUGGCUUAUAUGACCUCUGAAAGAGCAUUGUGUAUUCUAGGAGUUGCACUUUUGGGGAUUUUGGUGUGCAUAUGUCAAUUUGUCAUGAUAUCAGUUUUACAACACAAGAUAAGCCAUUCAUUGGCUACCAAUAAUGGAAGUGACUUUCAAAGCUUACUGAAGUCCAACACUGCUGUUGAUAUAGAAAACCAAAUGGGCCUUUGGGGCGUUCAGACGAACAAGUAUAUAAAUACCACCGAGAACAAUAUCAAUCAGGAAGUUUUUGGAUGGAUCGACACAACAACACUAUCGAUAAACAAUACAGUAGCCACAAUGAUAUCUGAUAUAGAUACUACUUUAGCAGACGUGUUCAACGGAACACUGCUAUAUAGCCCAAUGAAGACGGUGGUCGGAUGCGUCAUUGGAAAUAAGCUCUACACGAUAGAGAAGGCGAUGACAUGGAUUCACGACAAGGCUCAACUACAUAUUCCAAGAAUUAAUGGGACCCAAAUCAAGCAGGCCCUAGAAAAACAAGCUAAUAAUAGCACCACAGCGGGUUCCACUUCUACCACUACAGCGACCUUACUAGAGAAUCUCGUAAAUGACAUGAAAGAAGGACUUUUAAAGGUUCUCCGAGCCUACCACCAUAUAACCAUGGGAGAACUUGUGGUUUCCUUAAUAAUCUUUGGGGUGUGGCUGGUACAGUUGCCCAUUGCUUUAAUAAUUCUUCGAUUACGUCUUCACAAGGCCACAUUUCACUAA